AUGAAGAUCUUCUCAACUAUAUUGGAAGCCCUCAACCAUCAUGCAGCGGAGAUUCCUGAUAAGGAUGUCCUAACCUGGGUAGAUAUCAAGUGUCAAGAACAAAACAAGAUGACAUUCCAGCAGUUGGAGGAUGAAUCCAAUGCUGUGGCAGCUCGUCUCCUAAAACUGGGAUGCAAAAGGGGUGACCGUGUCAUGGUGGCAUAUCCCUUUGGCCUCGAGUUCUUGGCAGGAAUGUUUGGAGCCAUGAAGAUUGGAGUCAUCCCUUGCUCUAUCUAUCCACCCAAUCCAAAUCAGCUCAAAACAGAAAUGCCCAAAUUCCGCAGAUUUGCAGAGGAUGCCGGAGCCAAAUUUGCUCUCUCCACAAACACAUUUGCGACUGCCAUGACAGCAGCCAGUGUCCUCUACAAAACUGGUGUCAAGUGGAUUGGAACCGACAAACUCUCAAUCAAAAAGAGCAAUUCAAAAACGCCAAACGCUUAUGAGACGUACAUGGGGGAACCAAAUGAUAUCUGUUUUAUCCAGUACACCUCAGGCAGUACGGGAAGUCCCAAAGGAGUCAUGAUCAGUCACCACAACCUAGCGGAGACAUGCAAGGCUGGAGUUUCUUUGACUCAAUGCUCGGAACCAAACUCUUUGGAAGUCCUGUGGGUCCCCCAAUAUCACGACAUGGGUCUUGUGACUGUUUUAUGGGAGCUAUCUUUUCUGGUAAUCCCCUUGUGA